AAAGAAUGUGUUGUAUUUAGCGGGAUCUCACUUUGCAGUAUAGCUUUAUUGAGAGUUUUGCAGAGGUGUAUCGGCAGGGAAAAUCUGAAGUCUCGAUGAAUUGGGUUCUGUGUUUUGGUGUUGUUUUUGCAGUUGUGUUUGGGAGCUCUGAAGGUAUGCGCUAAUAUACAGGGAUCACCUUUGAGAUCGUGGGUACAAUUCUUGUUCCCGGACUGACGUCGACACUUGUGUGAAAAGAGGCAGUCAACCCUCUAUACCUGAAGUCAUGGAUUCUCUCCUGGUACUUCGAUUUCCUCCCGCACUCGCAGGGAAUGUUGCCAGGGUGGGUUGGCAUUAUCAGCCUUAACCCUAACGGACAUUCCGUUCCGUGAUCAGACACGAUUCUUACGGUGGCAUGCCAGAGGCGCCCUUAGUAAGCCUUUGACUCGAUCAGGAUGAACUGCGUCCUUCGCGAUCCAGCUUAGAUCACAGCUGCAAGUAUAAGGAUGAUUAGCACACCACCACUUACUUACAUACUUUUUUGCAGUCCAAUCGCGAUCCUCCAUCGAAAAGUGUUUUUUAUUAGUUUUAGCCAGUGACUAAGCUAUUCCAUAGCAACAGGUCAUGCAUGCUAUGCAAAUUUUUAAUGAUUUACAUUAUUCAAGCCUCUAGAUGUAUGUUUGCGAUGUUGCUCUGAGUGUGUUCACAUCGUGCAAGCUUCAAAGUUUGCUUGACCGCGGUGUGAAUCGAACCCACGACCUUUGGUUUGCUGUGCAAGAUAACGAAGGAACUGAGUUUCGAAAUAUCACCCACUCGAACCGAAUUCACCUCGUAACUCAGUUGCUGGAGCAUUGGACUAGCAAAGCGAAAGUCUCGCUGGUUUGAUUCCCACUGCAGCGGUCAAGUAAGAUGUGGACACACCCACAGCAACAUCACAAACAUAUAUCUUCACCUGAGAGCACAAUACCAGAAACUUUAGAAAUGUAUUGUCUUUAUGACCUAUAUUUAGAUGCAGGUUUAUUAGCAUGACCAUGAUCAGUUGCCAUGGCUAGCUCGCCACUGCAUGAUUUUAAGCAAAAAAACUUAACUAAAUUAAAUUUAUUUAUGCUUAAUCGUUUUUAAAUUCGAUUUUCUGACAGGAUCCCAGAUAAGAUGCAAAUUUCCCGGACAUCCAAAAAAUGGUUACUUGCGCGGUGAUUGGAUAAACCGGUCGGAGGGUGAGACAUUGCGGGUUGAGUGUUAUGAAGGAUUCAAGUUGAAAGGACCGAGUGAGGCAGUUUGCAAAAAUGGAGAAUGGACCACAGCUCUUGGCAAAUGUGAAGGUUGGACGUGUUGUAUUUUUAAAUAGAGAAUUAAGUGGGUAUUUUGAAUUGAACAGGCCUGUCAAGCCUCGAUCCAUUGCAAAGUUCAUUACCCAAUUAUACCCUUGAAGAGAAUUUCUUACUUGCAUAGUAUGUCAAGGUACACUUCAAAGCUGCAAAAUAGACCUUUGUUUGAUGUUGAACUGCACCUCACCAUCUUUACAUAUGUGACAGCUAUUCAGUAGCAGGGACGCCGGAACUGGGGGGGGGGCUGGAGGGGCAAGGGGGCAAAGGUGCCCUUUCAAUUUAAAGGAUUGCCUUGGCGAAAUAGCGAAUUGUCAGAACUGUUAGUGCAAUUCUUUUACGAAUUUGCUUCAGAAAAUGCAAGAAAUGCAGCCAUCGAGCUUCAAGAAUAGCACAAUUGCCUGGCGGAGAACCCCCUCACACCCCUACAAUCCAAUAAAUAGAAAACAUGAUUAUAGGCGAAGUUCAACUCCCAAUGUUUUGUAAACAUCUCUUAGUAUAUAUCAAUUCAAAAGUGCCCUUUCACGAAAAUCUGCCCCCCUUGCCUUCACAUCGUUCCGGCGUCCCUGUUCAGUAGGUUGUAAUUAGCUGCACGGUUUAUUCAGAAGGAAUUAAAUUCAGUGCCAUGAAACAAUGUGUCUGUCAAACAGUUCCUAUAGUUUGUCCACCUUUGGUACAUGGCCUGGUAAAGUGCAUGUUUCAUGGCUUGCCUAACUUCGGGAAACAUGGCUAGAAAACAAUUUUCUGGUAAAUGCUUUAUGCUUUGUUCACAAUAUAGGAAACAUCUUCAAACAUGUCUAGCAAACAAUGUUUCUUUGUUUGGCUUACUCCAUGAAACAUGGCUAAGCAACUUUUUUCUGCAAUAAUUUCGAAAAAAAAGGAGGUUAACGAUUUGGAAAGAUGGCUAGUGAUCAACGUUUCCGCAAUAUUUGUUUCCUACACACGUAAAAACGCAUAAGUUGUACAAACCCUGAUUGUUGACAAAUUGUCAACGGCUUGUUGACACCUUGUCACAAGGUUGUUGACUCAACAGACUUGUCACAAGUUGUUCCAACCACUUGUUAUCGUCCUGAAAUUCAAAUAACAACAUUGUAACAACUUGUUUGAAAAGCUUGCUACAAGUCUGUUGCGAACUCGUCUUGUUGACAAGUUUACCUGUGUAGUUUCUCUCGGCCACUUUAAUGACCAUAGUUUCUUUUUUAAAGUUGUGAUGUGCCAACCUCCAAAGACGGGUCGUUUAUCAAUCUCAGACCCUCCAAGUUGCUUGACAGGAUCCAGUCCCUACGGCACAUUAUGCAGAAUGUCAUGUCCCCCCGGAUAUCCUGAUCAGGCUGGAUUGUUUUGUUCCAAAGAUGGACAAUGGGAAGGCCGUGACGUUGUGUGCAAAGGUAAACUGCUGUGGUCAGUGGGUUAGCUUAAUCCUAGGUCAACAAAAUCUUCAAAGCAAUCUUCCCAGCGCCGUGCCGACAGGAGGGGAGGGGGGGGGGGUUAAAACCCAAAGUUUGGGCCCAAAGUUUUGUGUUCACCCGCCCAGAAACAUAUCGGUCUGUACGUCUCUGAAUUCUCCCAACAGCUUGCUUUUAAACAUGGAAAUAUUUUUCUUCGACUCUUGUCUCCAUCAACAGAAGUUUUAUUUACUAAAGUUUUGAAAUAAACGGACGUGCAAAAAUCCACAAACCGAAACAACGUUAAAUUUUAAUCCAGGGAGAGCGCUGAUCCAGCUUUAAACAAUUGGCUCCCGAUCUCAAUUGAAAAUUAUGCUUUGCUAUACACCAAGUGAUUCAGUAUAAAUUUUCUAGUUUCAACUCUUAGAGCGGAUAAAAAUAAAAUAAGAACCUGUUUGAAAUUUUAGCCUAUAAACAUGUUCUUAUAUAAAGGGUGUCUAAAUAAGCAAUUUUACUCUAACAGAUUCAUAAAGUCUAAGUUCUUAUACGCGGGGUCUUAUACUGUAUUCUAGAUCGCCAGCCGCCCGAUCUGAAGUGCCCGUCAAAAGAUCAAGUGAUAACUCAUCAAAGCGACCCGGGAAAGGCAACCGCCAAGGUCAGUUUCCCUACUCCUUCCUAUACUGACAAUUCCGAGGCGCAUGGCGGGAAGCUAAGUUUCAGCGCAACCCUGGAUGGCAAGCCUGUCUCAGUGAAGAAGGAACACGAGCUGAGCAUUACUCCCCGGCGCUUUGACUAUCAUGAGGUGAAGUAUAUCGUAACAGACGAGGCUGGAAAUGAGGCGAAAUGUUAUUUCCUCUAUCGUAUACAAGGUAAGAUAAACUAGGAGUACCACCGGUCAAAAGUGCGACCCACAUGGGGACAUUAGUCAAACACAAUACCCGGGACCUAAAGUUGCAUUUUUCGCUUCUGUUCCUGGUUAUAUCUUAUAUCAAUGGAGAUGCCACAAAAAUCUUGAUAACGACAAAGAAACUAGCAUGGUCAACUGCAAGCAGCAAGCACAUAGAGCAUUAAAUCGAACAUUCAAUCGAACAGAUUUAUCAACCGUAUAAAGUAAUAGGGAGUUUAAGCUUCACGUUUCCGUGAACGGCAAACGACAGGUACAAAUUUUCUUGGCAAAAUUUUCGUUGAAUGUUUUCAAAGAGCUAUUAAUUAGCAUAAUCUCCCUAAUGACCAUGCAUUUUUGGCACACAGUUUUCCAUGUUCAUUUAUUCAGUGUCAAACUGUUACCAAGUUUUGCGCUGUAUAGAAUAAAUAAAGUUUCGUUUUCAAUGCUGAAUAGAUGGUAGAUUGUCUUAUAUUAGUCGGUUGAUUGUCCCAGAGUGGCACUAAGGCGCUUUAAAGCGGUUGAAGAAGGAAUCUCUAAAUAACGUGGUGCGGGUUCAGUAAUAAUAUAAGCGUGCAUUAACUAUGAGCAAUGGUUGCAAUAUUUAACCAUAGAUAAAGAGGCACCGAAGAUUACAAGCUGUCCAAGUAACAUUGCCCUCACGACAAAGAAAGGAGAGAAUAUGAUUCGUGUCUCUUGGAAAGAACCUACAGUCACGGAUAAUUCUGGAAAAGAUGUCAGCGUGUUUUGCGACCGCGUGAAUUAUUCCCAAUUCCCCGUGGGAACUCAUUUGGUUAGAUACCACGUUUCUGAUAGGUCCAACAACAAGGCCUUUUGUGAGUUUCAUAUCACUGUAAAAUGUAAGUAAACUGAGCACGUAAGCACAUUAUUACCUAUUUCACUGCACUGCAAAAAAAAAAACGCCCAGCCUGUAUGUUAUUGAAAACAGGCUUCAACAAUAUAUUUUGUUGCCCAUAUUUUUCCUGGUUGUUAACAAUAUUGUUGAGCAUUGUUCAGGCUGAACAAUGCAGAACAAUAUUGUUAACAACCGGGAACAAUAUGGGCAGCAAAAUAUUGUUCAGGCCUCAGGCUGUUUUCAACAACAUUGUUACAAGCUGGGCUUUUUUUGCUCUGUAGCUAACAAGCAAACUGGCUAACUUGGCUAACAGGCUAACUUGGCUAAUUUCAUGGCCUACAGGUUAACUUGGCUAACUGGCUAACUAGUUAACUAGCUAACUUGCUAACUAAAUAGCUAAUUAGCUAGCUAACCAACUAACUAACUAGCUAGCUAACCAACUAACCAACCAACUACCUAACAAAUUAACCAGCUAAGAACCAUCCCAUAUUCUUUGUUUGCAAUCACGUACGUGAGUUUUCAUCCAAACGACGGGCAAUCAAACAACUUUUGGACAAUUUUUCUCCUAUCCGAAUGGUUUUAGGAAGAAAAACUGAACGGUAAUUUCAUCUUUUGAGUCUUACACUGUCUCUAAACUCGAUCAAUACAUUUAUCCCCAAAUUAUACAUUAAAUCCCAAAAUUAUGUCAUUGCAAACAAAGAAUUUGAACAGCAGACACCUUCACUAAACUUCUCUCUCCAUCAUUCAUCCCCAGAAUUGAAUCGUUUUCUCAUAUAAAUAUAGAAUAAGCCGUAUAUAUAUUGACUGAUUUUGUCUUUCCUCUUCUUGCAGUGCCAUGCAUUGACCAUCCAGACUUUCCUAUCACAUCAGUGAAUCCCGGAAUAGUUUUGCCUGAUCCUGCCAACGCGUGUAGUUAUCCUGCCUCUGAUCUCACAAAAUGUGACGACGCUGUUUCUCCUUUCGUCCCUAACCUCGUUUGGAAACAGAUUUGCAGAAAAACAUGCAAAGCUUGUUAAAGGGUUAUCCCUCUACGACUGAAAAGGUAUGAUGAUAUAGUUGGCUAAGUUUUUCUCCGAGAAUUCAUGGACCGCGACUUCUGCUUAGGGACUGGUCAUAAAAUAGAGAAGGGAUGGGCUGGGGGGAAAUAUGGAGGUGGGCCACCAUGUUCAUGCUUGCAAACAGGGGUGGGCCAAACAAACUGCAAUUUUGAGUAAAUUAGGUUUCAUAUGCUUAUAUGUUCAUCUUUCUCUUUUAGAUUUCUUGAUAACGAUUCGUUUCAACGUAUCUUCUGGAGUUCAACAUAGUUUUGUUUAGUUCAAUAGUAAAAGUAGUCAUUCAAUAAAGAGCAUUC